AGAUCUUCAACGCAAAGAAACGGGUGCGGCAUGCAGUAUUGCUAUUACAUUAUUUCGAGUCACGUCUGCUUUUGAUAGGCACUAGAUGGCUAUCUCAUGACCGCGAUAAACCUCCAGAAACGAUAUCGACAACGGUUGUAUAUUUCUAUCGCUAUGAUGUUGGUUUGCUUUAUCAAACAUGUCCACGGCAACGAUUCUUCUAUUCUCAUUCCAUAUGAAGCAAACAGUGUGAGGAUGAUAGCAAGUGUGGAUAUAUACCUGACCUCUCAGUACGUACCUACUACUUCCUAAAUCUAUUUUGGCAUAGCGCUGGUGCGGUGCGAUCAUCGAGAUGCCAUACUACAGCUCCAGAUGUCCUGAAUAAUGCAAUUACAGGUGGUUGGAUCCAAACCCGACACACUCGUUCCUUUAGACCUUUAGCAGGACUGCAUAUAUCAUCCUCGACUUCUGAGAACUCCCGGGUACUCCCUGAAUGUGAAUGGGAAAAUUUCUUACGGAAACCUGCCCCAAAUCUCAUCCCCACAUCUUAACGACCACAGCUGCUUCUCGACCAGACCGAGUCGUUCUGUUCCUCUCCUGCACCAAUGUCCUUGGGCUCAUGUUGUCUGCAUCUUUCGCUGUUGCUCACACGUCUCACGCAUUCUAUUUUCUUUGCGCAUCUCUUCUGCACCGUCUAGGACUGCAUGACUGUCAUCACUCCCUCCUGCAACUGAGUAUCCAAUUCGUGGGCGGAACUAGAAAGAGAAGAUCUGCAAGAACAACCGUAGCUUCGAUGCGCUCACAGGUGUUUGUUCUGUUUGGGUUGAUCUUUAGGCAGAGAGGUAACGGCCUGGUCUACCAAUUCUUUCGUAAGCCCAAUAUGGUUGCGCAUACCGGAGUUAUAAACGGCGAUUGUCUGUUACUUGGGGGCCACGUUGUGAAACUUCUUGUUGUGAGCUUGUUUGUCGCGAACAUAUCGUGACUCAUGGCAACCCCCGGAGCGGAGUGGUAUGAAAGCCAAGAUCAAGUUUAUGGCCGCUGCAGGUGUGCGACUGUGAGCACUGACCCCGUGGCGUCAGGACGCC